AUGCAGAGCAAUCUGCGGGGUCCAUGGGUCCUGGCGUUUUCGCUUCCACUGCGGCGGAAGGCCAUCGAUGCCAUCUGCUCUCCGAUUCCGUCACGACGAGCAGGUAACUGUCGCCAGCAGCAACAAUGUUUCUCGUCCGGCCGGCCAACUGCAGCAGCUGUGAGGGUGUCUCGGCCGACCAGACCGACAAAGACGACGAAGCCAACCAACACAGCUAAGACGGCCAAGACGACAAAGCCGGCACCGACGGCCAAACCGCGACCAACAACCCCAGCAUCGUCACCUGUGCCACGACGAGAUGAGGUCGUGCGGUCGCUGGCCUACGUGCCGGCACUACUAGGCGAUGGGGUCGAAGCCGGAGCAGCCGCAGCAGCUUCGGCUCCGAUGCCCAGCAGCCUGUCGCUGGACCGUGCGACGGCGCUCUUUCUGCAGCCGGCGCCACGGUUUCUCUACUCGGCGCCGCGGUUUCUCCACCUGCCGGUGAACACGCGGAUGCCCGAGAUCUGCAUCUUGGGCCGGUCCAACGUGGGCAAGUCGACACUGCUGAACGCGCUGGCCGGACUGGAGACGGGUGGUCGGGCCGGCCGCAGUCACGGUGCUCGUCCGGGUCGUCUGGGCUUGGCCAUCACGAGUGCCCAUGCCGGCUGCACGGUGAUGAUGAAUGGGUACGGCUUUGGGCCACCGUUGCGGCCUGGAACGGUGGUGUUUGAUAGUCGUGAAGGGGACACCAACAGCAACAAAAAGAACAACAAAAGUGCCACGGCCACCACACUCGCUUCCCGAUCACAGCGGAGAGCCCAGAAACCCGGCGAGCCGUCACCGGCCCACAGUCUGGUGCUGCUGGACAUGCCCGGCUACGGCUUCAUGUCGCGGUCGGAGUGGGGCACGGAGAUUGCAAAGUACCUGCAGCGACGCACGACACUACGCGGUGCCGUGCUGCUGGUCGACGCCGUGGCCGGGAUCAAGGACGGCGACCGCCAGGCGUUAGCAAUGCUGCGCGAUGCCAACGUGCGCACGACGGUAGUUCUGACCAAGGCAGACAAGCUGCUGGGGUCCGGGUCGACGUCCGGGUCCUCGGCGCUGGCAGGAGACGAAAAGAUUCGCGAGAGCUGUCUGCACGUGUGGGAGACGUUGCGUUCCAUCGAGCGCGACAGCUGGGGCGCCGUGCCCUGGAUGGAGGGCCAGGGCUGGGACCGGGCCGUGCUCGUGACGGGUGCCGGUGAUCCCAAAGGCGGCGGUUUCGGCGUCGCCGGCACACGGCUGGCCAUCUGUCGUAUGGCCGGACUGGUGCAGACGGCGAGGCCAAAGGCUGCUGCCGAGAGAAAUCGCAGCAGCAGCAAAACCGCCAAAAACACACCAAAACACGCUAACACCACGAAAAACACUACCAAAUCCACAGACACAGACGUCCCAGUCGUGCCCUUUGACCAGAUUCGCUGGACCGAGACCAGCACUGAAUCGGCCAUCGACCAGACCGAGGAACGCCGGAUCAUCGCCGACAUGGAGGCAGCGCGGCAGGAGAAAAAGGCACAGGCCGCACUGGCAAGCUCUGGUCGGGCUCGACCCUGGAGACGACGGACUGCUGGCCGUCCAUCUGCAUCGACGUAG